CAGAAGAAGUCAUUAAGACUGAGACACCUGCUGAGGAUGCUCCAAAAGAAAAGCAAGAGCCAACCCCUGAAGAAGAGAAGAAGACUGAAGCCUCGGACCAACCUGAAGAGGCUGCUGAAGAGAAAAAGAAAGAAGAGAAAGAGGAACAAGAAGAAGAAGGAUGCUGAAGAAGAAGAGCAUAAGUAUGCACCAAGAGCACUAGAUAAUUCCAAGUUCAGACUCUUGGGAGAUUGGACUGAAGGUGAAUGGAAGCAGACUGAGGACUAUUCUAUCCCGAUUGCUGAUCAAUUUCCUGAUAACGAAUACCCAUUGGGUGAGAUCAUGGAAUAUUCUCAUGAUACUUCCAGGAUUACCUCUGAAGAAAUGAGAGAAAAGGAAAGAAUCAUGAAAUAUGAUUAUGAGGCUAUUAGAAGAGGAGCUGAAUGUCACAGACAAGUCAGAAAAUAUGCCCAGUCAUUCAUUAAGCCUGGCAUGAAACUGAUUGACAUAUGCCAUAAACUAGAGGCUAAGAAUCUUGAAUUAAUCCAAGCAAACUACCUUGAAGCUGGACAAGCUUUUCCCACAGGUAUUAGUAUUAAUGACUGUGCUGCUCAUUACUCUCCAAAUCCAGGAGACGAUAAAAUCCUUGGUGAAGAUGAUGUCUGCAAGCUCGAUUUCGGAACCCAUGUUGGAGGUAAUAUCAUUGACUGUGCUUUCACAAUUGCAUUCAAUGAAAAAUAUGAUAACUUAUUGCAAGCUGUCAAAGAUGCUACAAAUACAGGGAUCAAAACUGCAGGAAUUGAUGUUAGACUGUGUGAUAUCGGAGAAGCCAUCCAAGAAGUUAUGGAAUCAUAUGAAGUUGAGCUUGACGGAACAACCUAUCCUGUCAAAUGCUGCAGAAAUCUUAAUGGACAUCUCAUCGGAAAAUACCAAGUUCAUGCAGGAAAGAGCGUGCCUAUAGUUAAAGGCGGUGAUACUACAAAAAUGGAGGAAGGAGAAGUCUAUGCUAUUGAAACUUUUGGUUCAACUGGAAAAGGAGUUGUCUACGAAGAAGCAGACUGUAGCCACUACAUGAAAGAUUUCCACGUUGGCAAAGUUCCAUUAAGGAACCCCAAGGCAAGAGCUCUUAUCUCCCAUAUUAACAAGCAUUACGGAACACUUGCUUUCUGUAAAAGAUGGAUUGAAAGAGACGGUUUCAAGGGAGGAUACAUUCUUCCUCUGAAGAAUCUCUGUGAUGAGGGAGUUAUCACUGCUUAUCCUCCUCUCAAUGAUAUCCCUGGAAGUUAUGUUGCUCAGUAUGAACACACCAUUUUGUUGAAACCCACUUCUAAAGAGGUUGUAUCCAGAGGACAAGAUUACUAA